AUGACGGUCGCCGUCGCGGGCGGCGCAGCCAAGGACUCGCCGCCGCCGGUUCCGGCGCUGGAGCGCCCCGACUGCGCCGCGGCCAAAGCGCUGACCUACCUAUGCUUUGCCAGCAUGUGGGUCGGCGGCGCGGGCGUGGCCGCCGCGGCCUUCAUCGACUUGAUCUCGGCAGGCGGCGCCUAUGGCAUGGGCUUUUCGGUGUGCAGCGCGCUGCUCAAGCUCUCCGCCGAUGCCGUCCUCUUCGGCGCGCUCCUCGCCCUCGUCGUCCUCCUGCUGCUACUGCGCGCCGCCUUGCGAUUGGUCGUCACGGAUCUCAGAGUCGACAUGGGGAUGGGGAUCAACAAGAUACCUCGAGAGUCAAUGGGGAGCAUGCUGGGUGACACUGCUGUGAUCGGAUGGCUCGCGUCUCUACUUUUCCUCCUGCUCAGCCUUGUUGGUUGUUUGGUGCUGAUCGCGCUGUCACCAGCCAAAGGAUCUCUGACGGUGAGGAUCAGUACAGCGGUCAUUGACGUGGGGAUACUGGGUUCCAUGGUGCUUUCUUGCUUUGUCACCAUACCCAGUAUGGCACUUAAGCUGUGGAGGAUGUCGCCCGAAGGCGAUGCACCUGCUGACAACAUCGUCUGA